GUGCCUGAUCAUAAUUAUCUGUCAGACGCGGAUAGCGGUUGGUGAGCUUGCUAGCUGAAGCUAAACUGGGUCCCUGUCAACUGACAGCUGAACGUAUUAUUUUAUCUCGAGCUGUGCGCCCCAAACAAUUGCCACGAUGUUCGAGGAGGCCAGCGAAGUGUUCGAUAACAUGUUCAAGUCUUCGUUCCCUUUAACCUUCAUUGUGUUCAUCCCCGCGGUGUUGAUCCUGGUGUCGCCGCUGCCGGCCGAGGCGGCACACGAGUUUACGGUGUACCGCAUGCAGCAGUACGACCUGCAGGGACAGCCGUACGGUACCAGGAAUGCCAUCCUGAAUACGGAGGCUCGUACUGUGGAAGCAGAGGUACUAAGUCGUCGCUGUGUUAUCAUGCGGCUGGCAGAAUUCUCCUAUGAAGAGUACCAGAAAGCACUACGCCAGUCAGCAGGAGCUGUGGUCAUCAUCCUGCCCAAGAACAUGUCUGCUAUGCCCCAGGACAUAGUGCAGCAGUUCAUGGAGCUGGAGCCGGAGAUGUUGGCCACCGAGACCAUCGUCCCCGUCUACUUUGCCAUGGAGGACGAUGAGCUGCUGUCCAUCUACACCCAAACCCUGACCUCCUCUUCAUCACAGGGCUCAUUAUCAGCAGCAGAAGUGCUGCUGCAUACAGCCACAGCCAACGGCUUCCAGAUGGUAACCAGUGGAGCUCAGAGUAAAGCUAUCAGUGACUGGGCCAUCACCAGUCUCGAGGGUCGUCUGGCUGGAGUUGGAGGAGAAGACCUGCCCACUAUUGUGGUGGUCGCCCACUAUGACUCCUUUGGUGUUGCUCCAUGGCUGUCGUACGGAGCAGACUCAAACGGCAGUGGGGUAUCCAUGUUACUAGAGCUGGCUCGUCUCUUCUCAAAACUUUACACCUACAAGAGGACACAUGCUGGGUACAACCUGCUGUUCUUUGUAUCUGGUGGGGGAAAGUUCAACUACCAGGGCACCAAACGUUGGCUGGAGGACAAUCUGGACCAUACAGACUCCAGUCUGCUGCAGGACAACGUAGCCUUUGUGUUGUGUCUGGACACUCUGGGGAACGGAGACACUCUGCACCUCCAUGUGUCCAAACCUCCUAAAGAGGGAAGUCCUCAGUAUACUCUACUUAAAGAGCUGGAGCUGGUGGCCGAGAGUCAGUACCCAGAGGUCAAGUUCUCCAUGGUCCACAAGAAAAUCAACCUUGCCGACGACAUGCUGGCCUGGGAGCACGAGCGCUUCGGGAUCCGCCGUCUGCCGGCCUUCACGUUGUCCCAUCUGCCCUCCCAUCGCCUGGCUCAGCGCUUCAGCAUCAUGGACUCGCGGUCAGUGUCCCCCUCCUCUCGCCAUGGAGCGGGAGAGCCCCCUGCUGGGCCUCAUGUAGAUGUGAAGAAACUCAGCAGGAACUCCAAGCUGGUAGCAGAGGCACUGGCCAGGGUCAUCUACAACCUCACUGAGAAGGGGGCUCCUGGAGACCUGCAGAUCUUCACUGAACAGAUGGUGCAGGACGAGCAGCUCUCAGCGGUGGUGGACUGGCUCACGGCGCAGCCCCGAGCCGCUCAGCUGGUGGACAAAGACAGCAGCGUGGUGUCCACUCUGGAGUAUCACCUUGGACACUACCUCAAGGAUGUCAAGAGACACUACGUCAAAGCUGACAAAAGAGAUCCAGAGUUUGUAUUCUAUGACCAGUUGAAACAGACUAUGAAUGCUUACAGAGUGAAGCCUGCUAUUUUUGACUUGCUGCUGGCUGUCUGCAUUGCAGCCUACUUAGGAGUGAUGUAUCUUGCUAUCCAGAACUUUGGAGUCCUCUACAGUGUUGUACGUAGAAUCACCCAACCCAAGACGAAGACCCAUUAAGGUGCACAACACUAUUCUUUCCCCCCAUAUCUCACACUUUUCCACAAAUCAAGGAACUUUUACCAGUAAGAACAAAGCAGCUGGUCUGAGCUGCUGUUCUCAUGAUGGUUUUCAAACCAGCAGAAGCUCUUCCAUUUCUUUCAUCCUGAUCCACAGACUAUGAUGUCGGAUUCUUACCUGCUGCCAACUUAAUCCAUUUGGUCUCACAGACCAGACUAAUCAGGAAUCAUCUUUCACUCUCCCUGUCUUCAUGAACACAGAUGUCUCGUCAUUCAUUUAUAAUAAUCCCUCGCGGCGGACAUGUUUCAUUAUUUCACUCUUGUGAGGGAUGUAAAGCAUUUGUCAACACGCCUGAGAUCUGAUGAGAUUAAGUGUCCUGAUUCCUCCUCUCGGUUUACUGUACGAGUGACCGCUCUGCCAAACGGACGUCAUGUGUUGUCUCAGGCAGCUACAGGGAGAAACUGACACGCAGAGUUUAGCCCAGAAUUUCUUAUGUGUUCACCUGUUGUUUUUUUUGUUUUUUUGAGAAGUUCACAUUUUUGAAUCUGCUUAAAUACAAUACUCACAUUUUCAUAAUGAUUUUUAAGGAGGUAUUUGUAAUUAACCAUACUGACUCCCUCCUUAAUCCAGUCCUUCUAAUGUGUUAUCAAUGAAACAUUGUCAGUGACGACACGCAGAGGGGAAUUCAUACAGUUAAAAGACAGUUAACAUUAGAUGAUACCGAUGGCCUCAUUUUACCUUCAGAUGCAUUUUUGCACAGAAAGGACUGGAUCUUGUCUUCCAUCUUUCGGGGCGCCUAAUUCGCAUUCAGAUGAAUCGAUUGAUUGCUUUGACUGAAACAUCUGUAAAAUAGAGUCCAAGAUGAUGUCUUCAAUUGGCAUUUUCUGUCAGGCUAACAUAACAAAUGACAAAAUGUGAAAAUGUACAACAAUAUAAAACCUAGAAAGGCAACAAACCAGAUAAAAAAAUGUUUGGCAUCUGUGCAUGAUAAAUAACUUAACGGAUGAAGCGAUUUUCUAAAUGUUUGCUGACAGAUUUCCUGUGAAUCCACUCAUUUCAUAUGUGGGCAUAUGAGUAUUGCAUAGAGAGAGACUUGAACAAAAUCUGAACUUUUCCUUUUUAAAUGUGCAGUGAAAAUGACUCCACAAAUGGCGUUUACGGAUAAGAUGAGUUGCCUAAAAGAAAUGUGAAGUAGUGUUUAGAUGAUCCUAAUUCAAUUGCCUUGGUAGUACAUUUAUUAAAAAAACAUUCAAUUGAAUGGAAAAUAAAUCUUUGCCAAAUAAUUAAAUAUGUAUUAGUCUCCUUUUUCCUCCCUGUUAAAUCUCUAACAUUAUAGAAAUUUAAAGCAAAUUCCACUUUGAAAUUUUCCGUCUCACUUUUUUCUGUAGAGGUUUGUUUUCUGUUGCUGUAACUUUAAGAAUUAAAAAUCCUACUAAUGUUUUUGACUCAUCUUAAAGAUGUUAAAGGGUCACAUGCAACAAACAUGUCUGUCUAAUCAGAGCACACGCGUGUUGAAUGUGUAAGAGUACAACACGAGAGAUAAAACUCCCCGUUACACCUUUUUAUCGGUGGAAACGUGUUUAGCUGAACGUUUGCAGCAAUGAUGCGAUUCGAAUUAAUCCAACAUUCUUUAAGUCGUGGCAAGUUUUUGGUCCAGCAUUGCAGUAUCCGUACACUGGAUGUCUUAAAAUGGGCAAUAACACAAAGGAUGUUGGAUUAAAAGGGGACACCUAGAUUAUUAAUUUCAUGAGAUUAUUGGUGUGUGUAAAAUGAAUGCUGCAGUGUUUCCUUGACCUUUUCUCUGCCCUAGUCUCGCCUCGUUGUGGGUGAAUGGUGUUUUUCCUUUCGUAUUUUCCAUGUUUUACUGCAUGACGUGUGACCUCCCCCCCCCCCUUUUUUAUUUUAUUUACCAACAUGAGGGAAAUACUGUGGUACAUAUGAUUUUUUUAUUUAUUGAAGCAGUUAGUUUUCAUUUAUGCACUGAACCGAACUCUCCUCUGGUCUGAACUCUGUUUCGCUUCAUCCACAACACUUGAUCUUUGCAAUGAAAAGGACAUCAGUUGUGAUUUAAAAAAUAAAACGAUUUAAAGAAA